AUUCAUUCUAUCUGACAUAACAUGAAAAAUGAAGCGCUCAGUGUAAGUGAGGGAGUGAGAGACGGAGGAUGAGAGAGCAGAGCACACACGCACACAGUACAUUCACCUCACGACUACUGCGCAGAACUCAGUCAGCGCACAAAACUGCAGGACCUUAACACAACAAACACGCUUUACAGAUGUGAAAGGAAAUACAAAACACAGCACCUGGAUUUAAACGACGAUAUCAUUUCGGUGUGCUCAUUACGAUGGGGAUGGAUCGGAGGCGGAGAGCAUCCCUGGCGCUCACCUUGAACUUCAUCGCUCUGAUACUCGCCAUCUCCGCACUGACUACCAGCUACUGGUGUGACGGCUACAGAAAAGUUGUGAAACCCUUGUGUACCGGCCCGGUGAGAGGAAAACAAACCCAUUGCAUUAGAUACAACAGCUCAAACAUCAAUGACAGCAAGCCGGUGCAGUAUAUAUGGGAGACCGGUGAGGAUAAGUUUGUACUUAGGAAGUUUCACACCGGUAUUUGGUUUUCCUGUGAGCAGAACGUCGACCUUGUCGGUGAGAAAUGCAGAAGUUUCAUAAAUGUCGCCCCUCCCCAUGAGCAAGGUGUCUUAUGGCUGUGCAUUGUGGCUGAGUGUCUCUACAUCUUACUUUUGGCCACUGGAGGAAUUCUGAUGUCCAUCGAGGUCUGCCAUUUUGGAAACGUCAUUGAUGGAUUGAAACUGAAUGCAUUUGCUGCCAUAUUCACAGUCUUGUCAGGUCUUCUUGGUAUGGUAGCACACAUGAUGUUCACAACAGCGUUUCAGUUAACUGUGAGUCUGGGCCCUGAAGACUGGAAACCACAAAACUGGGACUACAGCUGGUCUUAUAUCUUGGCUUGGAGUUCGUUCACCGCCUGCAUGGCGUCCUCCGUAACAACUAUAAACAGAUACACCAAGACUAUUCUUGAGUUCAAACACAAGCGUAAGAACAUUGAGAAGAACCUGAAAAUCAAGCAGAAGUUACUGGACCUGGAGUCUCCAGAGCAGGUGUGGGACAUGUACAUCAGCUCUGUGCCCAGUACAGCUGAAGAGUUUCUGGACCUGUCAAGUUCUGGACGCAAGCUGUCCACCAAUUCUGUCUUCCUUGAUAUCAAUGAUCUGCCAUCUCCACAAGGAGAGGAAUACUGUUAAAGCCAAUACAGUGGACUUAAAAACACCAUCUUAUUUAUAAAGCAUAAUGAACUUUGGCUUUGUACUUGUGUGUGUCUGUAUUUGAUAGAUUAAAACCUUCAUCCAAGGCUCUUUAAGAUGAUGCAUUAGGUUUUCAUAACUGUGCUCUUGGGAUCAUGUUUUGUUUGAUGUACUAUGUUGGUUGAUGUUCGGUGAUGCUGUAUGUUUUAGUUUGUUGUCGUAUAUUUUAUGAUAGAGUUUACAGGUUUUUCUGAAGCCAAAUCUGGAAUGGAUAAAGGAUAUUUAUUUAUGGAUAUUUAUUUCAGAGAGUCAUAUGUGACACAUUUAAUGACAUUACAAACUACUUUUAGUGACAAUUGAAUUUAAGAAGUAAUUAAAACACAACUGUAUCUUCUGUAUCGUCUUCUAUCAGCUGUAUUCAGAUGAAACAUACAUUGCUGAGUGCCUUUGUUAGUGGUUUUGAUCUUCAACCACAGUCCUGAAAUCUGUUUAUUUUAAACAGUACGUCUGUUUGUUUAUCCAAAGUUAAGUCCCAUAAUAAUCCCGAUUCACAUCAAACAUUUAAGGAUUUCUCCAUUGCCAAACAAACUAGAGCAUAUGUGACAUUUAAAAAAAAUAAUAAACUGAUAUAUUUUUUAAUGAAAACUUUAGCUUACUCUAAAAUGUGGUUUAAAUUGUAUAUGAAUUUUUUUACUACGCAUCAAUCAAUAAUAUUUUAUUUAAUAUAAUUCCAAGAUCAGUGUCCCUAUGUAACAAUGCUCAAGCUGCAAUUUAAAGAAAAUGAAGUUUCAAAAUGUAAAAGUUUGGAAUUAAAGUGUGAAAAAAUUGCAGAACUACAGGGGAUGACUAUGAAGGGCUGUAUUAUAAAAUAAAAAACACUUUUAGUAGAGUUAUGUUUAAGUUUAGUAAGUUCAUAGCCCCUAUAUUGGUCUGUAUACUUUACAUACUUAUGGGAAAUACAUCAAACUGUACAUGACAUAUUUAUCAAUGUAUUGAUUCAUUUAUUAGCUGCGCUAUGAGUCUUUGUACUGCCAAGAUGAAUUGUUUACAUUUUAUGUGCAAUAAUAAAUAUAACUGUUUUUGCAGUAAUACCGCAUACAGUACAAUACAGAACAAUUCUUUGAAACAAUAUUGUAGACUUAUGGUGUAAAAUGCAUGUCGGCUAAAUGUUUAUCUUUAACUGUGUUGUCCCCUCUAAUUACUGUAUUUCUUGUUGUUUUUCUGUGUAAUGAUUAACUUUGUUCAUAACCUUAUUGAACAAUAGAAUAUAAUAACAAUCUAUUGAAGAAUAAAAUAUAAUAAAAAAACCUUUAUAACCUGAA